AUGGACCGCAAGGAUGUCGGGAUCCUCGCCAUGGGCAUCUACUUCCCGCCCUCCUGCGUGCAGCAGGAAGCACUUGAGGCCCAUGACGGGGCGAGCAAAGGAAGUACACCAUUGGGCUCGGGCAAGAUUGCAUGGCCUUUUGCAGCAGAGAGUUUGACGGUUGUCAAUUCCCUGCUGAAAAAAUACAACAUCGAUCCCAAGUUAAUCGGUCGCUUGGAGGUCGGAAGUGAAACAGUUAUAGACAAAAGUAAAUCCAUCAAAACUUGGCUGAUGCAGAUUUUUGAGGUUUAUGCGGAAGGGCCAGCUCGUCCAACAGGAGGUGCUGCUGCUAUAGCAAUGCUCAUUGGUCCUAAUGCUCCAAUUUCCUUCGAGAGCAAAUAUAGAGCUUCUCACAUGGCUCAUGUUUACGAUUUCUACAAGCCUGAUCUUGCAAGUGAAUAUCCGGUUGUUGAUGGUAAACUAUCCCAAACCUGCUACCUGAUGGCUCUAGACUCAUGCUACAGACAGUUCUGCAACAAGUAUGAGAAGAUUGUGGGUAAACAAUUCUCAAUUUCUGAUGCAGAAUAUUUUGUGUUCCAUUCUCCAUACAACAAGCUCGUGCAGAAGAGUUUCGCUCGAGUUUACUACAAUGACUUCAUGCGCAACUGCAGCUCUGUUGAUGAUGAUGCUAAAGAGAAGCUCCAGUCUUUUUCAAAUUUGACUGGUGAAGAGAGCUACCAGAGUCGCGACUUGGAAAAGGCCUCACAACAAGUCGCGAAGCACCUCUAUGACAUCAAAGUUCAGCCAUCGACUCUGCUUCCGAAACAAAUUGGUAACAUGUAUACUGCAUCCCUUUAUGCUGCAUUGGCAUCUGUGCUAUAUAACAAGCAUGAUAGUCUGAAUGGACAAAGAAUUGUGAUGUUCUCUUACGGCAGUGGCUUGACAUCCACUAUGUUCUCAUUGAGGCUAAACAAUGGCCAGCAUCCCUUCAGUCUAUCAAACAUUGCUUCAGUUCUUGAUGUCACCGAGAAGCUUCAGUCAAGACACGAGACUUUGCCUGAGAAAUUCGUUGAGACACUGAAGCUGAUGGAACACCGAUACGGCGCAAAGGACUUCGAGACGAGCAGAGACACGAGCCAGCUGCAGCCAGGCACAUUCUACCUCACCAAGGUCGACUCCAUGUACCGGAGGUUCUAUUCCCAGAAGCUGGCCGAGGAAACAUGCAGCGGCAAAACCAAGUGCUGCAACGGCUUCGCAAAUGGCCACUAG